CUCUUUGAAGAAGACGCAGCCGGCGCUGUCGCGGAGCCUCUGACCAUCAGCUCCCGCUCCUGGCUCACCGCUGUUCGCUCUUCCCGAGGAACAAGUCGGUCAGGAAGCCGCGCCGCAGACAUGGCCUUUAAGGACACCGGCAAGACUCCCGUGGAGCCGGAAGUUGCGAUUCACCGGAUUCGGAUCACCCUCACCAGCCGCAACGUGAAGUCUUUGGAGAAGGUGUGUGCUGACCUGAUCAGAGGCGCGAAGGAGAAGAACCUCAAAGUGAAGGGACCGGUGCGGAUGCCCACCAAGACUCUGAGAAUAACUACGAGAAAAACUCCUUGUGGUGAAGGUUCCAAGACUUGGGAUCGUUUUCAGAUGAGGAUCCACAAGCGACUCAUAGACCUGCACAGCCCUUCUGAGAUUGUUAAGCAGAUCACAUCCAUCAGUAUUGAACCAGGAGUCGAGGUUGAAGUCACCAUUGCAGAUGCUUAAGUCCAACUUUUUAAUAAAUUGAUACUCAGUUG